AGCCGCCGUUUCCGUCCUUUCGCUUUGAAGCGUUCUAUCAACAAGAUCGUUGAUCACAGUGUGCUUGUUCUUUUUCCUUUGAGAAAAGCUAAGGCCUAAUCGGCGACUUGCAUACUUAUUUAAAUACAUCGAUUUUUAUUUUAAAUAAAUAUCAAUUAAUAAAAUGACUACCACCGCUGAACUUGCUUGCGUUUACUCCGCACUCAUCCUUGCUGAUGACGAUGUUGCUGUUACCGGAGAGAAAAUUCAAACAAUCUUGAAGGCUGCCAAUGUUGAUGUUGAGCCAUACUGGCCAGGUCUUUUUGCCAAGGCCCUUGAAGGUAUCAACAUCAAAGAUUUGAUCAGCAACAUUGGUUCAGGAGCUGGUGCUGCUCCAGCAAGUGGUGCUCCAGUUGCUGCUGCUGCUGCUGCCUCAGCAGGUGAAGCUGCCCCAGCUAAAGCAGCUGAAAAGAAAGACGAACCAGAAGAAGAAUCUGACGAUGAUAUGGGAUUCGGUCUCUUUGACUAGAUUUACAAAUGAUUGAGGGUCCAAUUCUGUCUAUUGUACUUUGCGCAAGUAAAAAAUAAAAAAAAAUACAAAAAAAAAAACGUAAAAACAAUGUCUAAUGUAUUUUAUUUAAUACCAC